AUGUCAAGAAAAGGUGAUCAAUUUUAUUCACGCGAUUUCAACGCACCAUCACAUAGACGACGUCGAGCUGAUGCAGCAGAAGAUGUUAACAGAUAUCCAGAAUUUCAUAUACACUCGUCUAGAUACGAAUUAGUAUUUAUGAAUGAGAACACGCCGAUGGAUUUGUUAAAUCAAAUAUUACAUCACGUUGAUCUUUGCAAACAGUAUUCGAUAGAUACUGAAUCUGAAUGCGACAAUAAUCAAUUGUCACUGAUACAAGUAAAUUCAAUCCCAGACACACCACCGUCACUCGUCAUGUUAUUUGAAUUACAACACUUCCCCAGUCGACAUGAGCGAAAGUAUGGAAUGCUCCUCGAAAUUUUCCAAUCGAUAUUUAGGUCUAAUAAUGAAAUAUUCUCCUGGGGCCAAAUGUCAAAGGAGCUUGAGCCAGUAAGAACUUUACUUAUUUGGCCGAUUCGAGCAACACUCAUCAACAUUCAACCGCACUUUUCUACUUGGUAUGAAUGGGCUCGGACCCGAUGUGGGGUCCUGAGCUCGUGGGAGAAAGAUGGACAAUCACAACGUCAACAUCAACCCUGCAAAUGUCAUCGGGCAUCAGUAUACAAAAAUACUGAAUUAUGGUCUUUACAAAACGCGUUCAAGUUUGGGUGUGAAUUACAUAUCAGCAAAUCAUGUACGAUGAGUCACUGGUCUCAACCACUAUCGUCCAGCAACUCAACAUUAUCAUACCACAAACGGAAAGAAAUGAUCAGUUAUGCGGUGCAUGAUGUUAUUGCCGUGACUUACUUGAUUCGACCGAUCAGUGAACAUUGGACAUUCGACCAAAUUAAACACCGAAAUAUGGAUGAACUGUUUAAGGCAUUCGAAUUGAUCCAAUUACCGUUAACACCAAUGCCACGGAACAAAAAGAAAAAAGCUAAAAACAUUAACGUGCACAAAAUUGCCAAGAUAUUACAAUGUAAUCAAUCAGACAUUGAAUCAAUAUCUGAUGAAGAAAUUUAUUUGCACCAGUUAAUUCCACCAGCAUCUGAUGGUGUCAUUCCACCAACAUUCGAUGAUGUCAUUCCACCAGCAUUCGAUGAUGUUAUUCCACCAGCAUUCGAGGGUGUUAUUCCACCAGAGUCCGUUGAUGGAGAGAUAUCGCUACAAGGAACACCACCCGUCCGUUACGAUCGAGAAUCGAUCGAAAAUAUUCGACCAUAUCUUGCAACAGUUGAAAGUGAAAAGGCACGGACAACUGUGGGAAAAGAUUGUCGGGUGGUUAGAGUGGAUCGAGUUCAAGAGAAUAUAACAUCGAAUAGAACGAAUCGAUCAAAGCAUCAGCAAAGAAGUCACGAGGCAAGACACCGAAAGAACCAGAAACACAACAAACAACGCCGCAAAUACCGAUAUCGAUAUUCAAUCACUAGGAGAAGAUACAAGCGAUUUACGUUACGCUUGAUCCGCCGCAUCCUUCGUCUAUACCAAGUCAAAUUCGUACACGUGAAAGAACUUAGUGAUGAUCGAAUACUUAUUGGCUUGAAGAACAUAGAAGAGCAGCAUGAAGCGGAACGUGUAUUAAGCAUGGACAUCUUCAAUCAUCGAGGAUAUUAUCAUUAUCGACGAAAAUUCAGUCAUUAA